AAGUUGAAACAUUUGAAAACUGAAGUGGAGCCAGAACUAAAUAAAAUUGUCGGCGUCACAAGCCCCUAAUCCAUUUCCGCCGCCACGAAGAAAACAGUUAUCCGAUAAAUCGCCGCCACGGGUGCGCGUGAGCCGCAUAUAUCGCCGUUCCGGCGGAUAAAUCGCUUCUUCUAGAUUUUACAACUCGCCAGCCGCUAUAUGCGGGGAAAUUUGUCGCGGUGGGCCCCGUCCCGGCCGCUGUAGCGGCGUUCCAAUAUACUCAAAAUAUACUGAAUUCAUGAUUUUAGGGUUCAAAUUCACAAAUUAGCUAUUUCAGUCACUAAUUUUAGGGUUCAAUUCCGAGAUUUUCCUACGAAAUGGCUUUAUGCGUUAAAUCAGAUCUUCCGCUGUGGCCUUCGUUUCAGAAAUUCAAUGUUUCCUCUUUCUUAAAUGCAUCAAAGUUGAGGGCUAUCUCUCUAAAACUCAACCAUGGCCAAAGUGACCAGCCUUUAAUCAUAUCAAAUACUGGUGAGAAGAAAGUUAUUCGGAAGUCGGGAAAGAAGGAACACCAUUUGUGGCAGAAGAGAGAUUCAGCUGGUUCGGGACACAAGGCGCUGAAUCUUGUUCGAACGAUAUGUCGACUUCCGAACGAGAAAGAGGCGGUUUAUGGGGCCUUAGAUGAAUGGAUAGCGUGGGAGACUGAAUUUCCGUUAAUUGCUGCAGCAAAGGCUUUGAGAAUCUUGAGGAAGAGGAACCACUGGAAACGUAUCAUUCAAGUAGGCAAGUGGAUGUUGAGCAAAGGUCAAGGAGCAACAAUGUCAACCUAUGACAGCCUUUUACUCGCGUUCGACAUGGACGGAAGGUUAGACGAUGCUGAAAUAUUGUGGAAUAUGGUUUUGCAGACAUAUAAUCGCUCUCUUCCGAAGAUGAUAUUUUCGAGGAUGAUAUCCUUGUACGAUCAUCAUAAUCUGCCCGAUAAGGUUAUAGAGGUUUUUGCGGACAUGGAGGAGUUGGAAGUGAAACCGGACGAAGAUACUGUUCGAAGAGUUGCACGAGCCUUUGAGGCGUUAGGUCAAAAGGAGAAAGAGAGACUGGUUAUGAAGAAAUACCAAAGUAAAUGGAAAUACAUACAUUUCAAGGGGGAAAGGGUAAGGGUAAAACGUUGAUUUAUCGGUUUGUUACUAUUUCACACAAUAAGCGAAUGUAGAAUACUAAAACUCAAAAAACCGAGCCGACUUAAGGUCAUGGUUCAUUAUUAUGACAAGAAACCUGUGCUAUUUGUCAAAACGUAAACAGAGAAAUCGGCCAUAUGAUAUAAACAUUCACAAGUGUAAAUUUGCCAUUGAGUUUGGGUAUUGAGAAAGAUGGUAAAUUAUUGGGGG